GCACGAAAUCCAGAAUGCAAACCGCCAAGUUUUUAUUUUGUAAUCCGAUGUUGACUUCCGGGUCGGCCAUUUACGACGGCGGUGCCCAAUGUCGCGUUCUUAAUGUUCGUCUUUGGUUUCCUGUUUGAGUUCUUGAGUAUUUAGUGCGCUAUAAACAUUAUAACCUUGAGUAAGUCAACUAUACGACACGGAAGAACAAUGGAGUCUGUUCCGGAGCCCUUCGCUGUUUUGAUUUUAUUAUUUUUCUGUUGCCACGAACGUCUGCCUACUCAAAAGCAAUGUUUGUGCGGCUAGCUGCGCGUGGCUGCUAAAAAAAAAAAAAAAAAAAAAAACAAGUGAAGGAUUUGCCCCGAACGUGCGAGCCAGCAUGCCUCGGAGAAAGAAGAGCGAACGGAGCCCGAACAGAGUCUCCGGCGUACCUCUCCCCGGGGAAAUUGUUCGCGGUUACGAUGUCGGCGAAGGAGACUGCGACAGGCAGAAAAUCACCGAAAAUAUCCAAGAGAUAUUCUCCCACUUAGACCCUGAAGUUAUUCACAUGGUACUGUCUCAGAUGGACUUUAAAGUGGAAAACGCCAUGGAUUCUCUCUUGGAACUGUCAACUGCUGCUGAACCCGCAGCCCCCGUAAGAUCUCCGGUGUCUGGCUUUGAGAGGACUGCAGCGGCGCUGCUUAGUCCUCGUCACGUCUCUCCACCCGCACCAGACGUCAGUUCGUCGGAAGCGUCCCAGCAGCUCACCUCUCCGUUGUCUACCGGUGUCCUGACUGAAGAGGUCGAUCAAGAGCUACAGAACCUGACCGUGCAACAGCAAGAUCAGCUUAACAGCCGCUAUUUGUCUGCUGCUGCGACACGUUCCUCGUUACCGCAGCGGGUCUUCCCUGAGCUGCUUCAGUUCAACCGGGAGGCCGAGUAUGGGCGAGGGUCUGCUGGAAUGCCAUAUCUGGAAGAGGGCUCAGGCUCUUUAGGAGCUCUGCCUCCGUUUGACCGACUCCACACUAGUGAAGGUCAAAAGUCGGUUGUGGAUUUCACGCAUCUGAUGACGGAAGAUCCCGCGAGCAGACCAAAACCCUCGUUGGAUCUCCUUGCUUCAGGACGUCCGUCCGCUUUCCAAAUGUACAAGAAGAACGAGCCGUCCCAAAUGUGUCCGGAACAGCCUGCUCCCAUGCCUUCUGAAAAUAAAGUUGGAGGAGUUAGUUCUCCAGUGUUGUGGAACCUUCAUUCACCUGCUUUCACUCCCCGUUUACAUGGAAGCCAAGGCCCGUGCUUUAUCACCCCAGUUGCACCUUCGCAGCCUCCGGUUGGGCAUCCCACUCCCUGGGGAGGCCAUGGCGCUGUCACUCAAGCACCUCUUAGACAUUCUGCUACCAUUCCUAAAUCCUGGGCUAUGGCUGCCGCAGCGCGCAAUCCGGUUGCCGUUGCACCUCCUCGGUCUAGCGGGCUUUGCUUGGAAGGCAAGGUGCUUGUGUUGCUACGUGGUCCACCGGGAUCCGGGAAGUCUACUUUGGCUCGAGCUUUUCUAGAACACAAUCCAGGGGGAGUUGCGCUAAGCACUGACGACUACUUCACUUUUCAAGGACGCUAUCGCUUUGAUCCCGCUGCACUGGGGCAAGCUCACGAGUGGAACCACCAACGAGCCAAAGAAGCUUUUGAGAACGGUGCCAACCCCAUCAUAAUUGACAAUACAAACAUGCAAGGCUGGGAGAUGAAGCCCUACGUGGUCCAGGCAUUGAAACACAAUUACAAAGUGCUGUUUCGUGAGACGGACACUUGGUGGAAGAACAAGCCCAGAGAACUAGAGAGACGCAGCAAACACGGUGUGACUGCGGAAACGAUUCGGCGCAUGCUAAAUGGCUACGAGCCCUUUGUAACGGUCAAGUCCAUCAUGGGCGCAGUCGUACCUCAGAUAAAACAGCAGCUCCACUUCGAAAACAAAAACUUACAGCGUGUGACUCCUGAAGCAAAAUGUCCUGACCUCGUCAGCGAACCUGGACUGAUGGACCAGCGUUUGAAUUCCCACCCUCAAAUGUUUUCCUCUCUUCCUGACGUGUCAUCUAAUAGUCAUCCAAAUGAGUUGUGCCAGUUGGAGGAUGACCAACACAAAUCAACGGAUUCGCUUGAUUUCCAGCCAAUUGGAAGCCCAUCAGAACAUUUAGACAAGGACGACGACGACGACCUGGACAUGGGGGUUUUGGAUUCCGACUUGGACGCCCUCACUCAAUCUGGAAGUGUACAGGGCGUACCCGAUUGUGUUGUAGAAUCGGUGAUGAAUGAAGACCACCGCAGUCAUGAACUCCCGGUGGCUUUCUCUGAGUCUAUUAAACAAAGGGUACCAAGAGAGAGACCAACGAGGACGUUUGGUUCUGCAAUGGAGAAAGAGCAGAAUCACAAAGAAGAGGCAUCGCUUGUACCUAGUAAAGAGUGUACGAUGUCCAAGAUGUAUUUUGUAGGUGACUGGCCAACUGCAGGGCCCCUUGAGCAGCGGCAGGAAAGGAGAAAAGAAAUCUCUGAAGACAUUGACGGAAGUGAAGACAGAAGGAUGUGUAAAGAAGUCAACAGUCACACAGGCAAAGUGAAGUCUGGAAAUAACCUGACUGAGUUCCAAAAACUUCUUGAUCUCAUUCAGUCCGGUGUAGUAACUUGCCAGUCUGGUUCUUCUCGUGCAUCACCUGUUUCCCCCUUCCGAGGCCUGGAUUUGGAGAGAGAUGACAAGAUUGAAGAAUCCGUGAGCUGUACCCGUGAGUUUGAGGGAAAAGAACAGAAUAUGAACGCACCCAAGAGCGGCCGAGUUGAUUUACCAGAUUGUGUGUUAGACUGGAAAGCGUCUGAAUCUGACCCGGGUAAUGAGGAGAUUCUAAAAAGUGAAAAGGACACAAGUAGAACCACAGUUUUGGACACUGGUUGUGAAACAGAAUCAGGUGUUGUUGCUGCUGCAGCGACGCGGCUGGCUGUUAGCACGCCUGAAUAUGCAGAGCCAAAAGUAAGCCAUAGCAAUGAGGAUGAGUUUGCAUCUCCUAGCAAUACCAAAAGGGACACAGAACAAUGCAAAGCGCAGACAGACAAUGAAAUGACAGUUCAUCCUGGUAGCAGACAAUCUAGUGACUUAUGCCAUGGUCCCGUUGCCAAGGACUCUCCUGAAUCAGAGAGUUGUCUUCUCAGUGGAAGUAUUCUAGAGCGAAAGCAGCGCCAAGGUCGCAGAUCAGGAAAGCAAUGCAAGCUAGCCCUCACUUUUUCUCAGAAUUGUCUGACUCCUUCACUCGAAACAUUCGACUCUCCCAUUGCCACUUCCCAAGUUCUUGACAAUGAUCAGAGGAGCCAGACCACUCACGCAGACUGUGACUCCAACCUCACGCCUAAACUUUCCCCCGAGCUCAAAGAAGGCGUCCAUCUGCAAACUGCCUCGCCUCUCCCUACGACUAGGUCUUGGCCCACCCAGACUGAACCUCAGGACUUCGCCCUUCUUUGGCGUCUUGAUCGCCACCACGGCCCAGCGGAUUCUCUCCUCGCUGCGUACAGCUGCUCGAGUGACAUCACAAUCCUAUGUGCUGCCUCCUCACGAUUUGUGCCAGAGGUUCCAUCAGCAGUGUCUGCUGGAGUUCACCCAUCCACUCCCAAUACAGUACCGUACCGCGUGGUGCACGAGAAAAGCACACAGAUGGAGGACAAAGAAUUAGGCGCAACUCAAAGCCGUCUGGAGGCCCUGAGCAUCCUCAGUCGUCAUUUUAAGCUAGUUAGUGUGGAUAUAUUGGAGGACUUGUAUGACAAAUGCCACCAAGACUUGGAAUGGACAACAAACUUGUUACUCGACUCUGGAGAAAGGCUCUUCAGAGAUGAGGAGGAUGCAGUUCAAGUUGAACCGAGCACUUCACUGUUAGUAACAGUAUUAGAAACCAUUUCGGGGGACGAUCUUCCGUCUCCAGGGCCGACCGCUGUUGUCGGUGGGCUUCAACAAUCUUCAAAUGAGGUAGUUAACAAAAUCGCUGGGAGCUCCAGUACUGACUCAUCAACAUUUGGAGGCAGGGCUUUUCCAACCAGCGCCAAAAAUCAGCCGGGUCAGACGGCACAUUCACAGUCCGUAGCGACCAGUCCUCCACUGCCGACUUUGGGAAAACCCCACGACACCGAACACCAAAUGAUGAUCGAGGAGUCCAAUUUUGCGACUCCAGAUGAGAUUGCCAGUUUGGAGGAGGUUCACCGGCUGUUGCAAGGUGAGCUGGAGGAACUGGACAGAGAAGAGAGACGGAAGAAAGAUUUCGGGAGGGCCAACGGGAAGCGAGUCAACCAAAUGCUGAACAUUCAGAGUGUGGAGCUGAAGCUACCCACUGAGCUGGCACUGCAGCUCACUGAACUCUUUGGACCUGUGGGAGUCGAACCAGGGAUGUGCGAUUCUGAAGACUACGCCGUGCAGAUGGACAUGAACCUGGCCAAACUGCUCCACCACAAGUGGAAAGAAACGAUCCAGGAACGUCAGAAACACGCAACUGUUUCCCACCAGUUGCUUCUGGACAAUGCAGGGAUGCCCAUGAUGGACCACUGGAACGUCUCCCAGCCAUGCGUAUCCCUACGGAAUAUUAUAAAAGAGGAGCUGGCUAUGCAGGAGAACAUGGAGAAGUCAAGGCAAAAUCGAGCAGAGCUCAGCGGUCGUGACGGGGCCUCCGUCCUAAAAGAGGACCAGCUGUACGCCCGCUUCCCCUCCAUCGACAGACUUUUUCUCCAGGACAUUUUCAAGGCUCAUAACUUCUGCCUCAGCCAGACGGAGCUCUUUCUGAACUCUCUCCUGGACCAGGACCCCGUCAAGACCGUCAUCGCUCCAGAACCGGCUCAAUCAGACCACCGCAGAACUCCCAGCAAAGAGAGGGAAAAGAGGCAGACGCUCCCGGACCGCGCCGGGGCUCACUCCCAGAACUACCAGGACCUGGAGGAUCCCGAGUAUAAGGACUUCCGGGCCGAAGCCGGUCUUCAAAGAAGUCGGCAGCUGGAGAGUUUUUCCAAAGCGGCGGCAGCUUACGAGCAAGGCCACAAAGAGGUGGCGGCGUUUUAUGCACAGCAGGGACACUUACACGGGCAGCGGAUGCGCGAGGCCAACCACCGUGCCGCGGUUCAGAUCUUCGAAAGGGUCAACUCUUCGCUUCUACCCAAGAACAUCCUGGACCUCCACGGGCUGCACGUGGACGAGGCCCUGCAGCGCCUGGGCCGCAUCCUCCGCCACAAAACUGCAGACUGCGAACAAGGUCUGUGCGGACCGCAGCUUUCUGUCAUCACAGGAAGAGGAAACCACAGCCAGGGGGGCGUGGCCCGCAUUCGCCCUGCCGUUAUGAACUACCUCAAAAACGCACACUACAGGUUUACAGAGCCGAACCCGGGUCUUGUGGUGGUCUCGUUGAGGUAGAAAAAGAAGCUGGCCCAGAGUAUUCGUGUUCAAGGCGCAGAUCCGUUUGGUACACUCUACCUCCUCCUUCACCUUCUUGUCUUAAAGCAGCCCGAAAAGAAUAUGAAUAUUUGUGACAUUGAUGUUUAUAUUGUUUCUCAAGUCAUUUUUUUUCUGUCGCUCUUUCACUGUGGAAUUGAUUAUUUUUAUGCCACCGUACACUAAGAACAGAUUUUUUUUUUAUACAUAUGGAUAUGUUUUAAUUCUCUUUUAUAGUGUGUGUGUGACUGUUCUGGCUUUUGGGUUGUUUUUUUUUUAAGAUAUUUUAAAUGAAUUGUAAGAAAAACGUCCAACUUUUAGGUUGUUGAUGGUUUAAGAUUAAGAUGUGCUCAGUUAGCAACGUACUCCAUGUAAAAUCCAUGUUUUACUGAUGACUUUUUAUGAAAGGUUUAAAUCCCAAAUGAGAAUUUCUAGCGGCUCCUUAAUUCUGCACCGUAUUCUAAAAAUUGUAAAGCCAUUUUUUCUUUUGUUUUGUAUUCAGUGCGUACUACCGCUAAUCUUUGAAUCUUCGUAUAAAGGAAUAAAUGUUUUUGUUUUUUUAAAAUGGAA